AUGGGGAUGGGGGGGCAAGGGCUUUGUUGGUUUGAGGCUGGAAAGCUCACUGUGAAGUUUCAUUGCUCUUUGAGGGGAGGGGCACGCACGGGCUGUCCCAAGUGCUCCCAUCCAGACGCCCGGGGGCCGCCUCCCAGUCCCAGGCGGCCCCCAGGCAUGGCCACAACCCCCCACUCCCCAGCCCUGCUCCCUGCACUCUGCCUUCCCUUCCCCCCGAACCCCUGCCAGGCAGGUGUGACCUGCCCCCCCACAAAGCUGAGCCACCCCCAGCCUCUUGUAGGUCCCAGCUGGGAGGGGGGCAUUGUGGGAGGGGGGGCUUCAGCACUCCCUGACCCCCACCCCAGGCUCCUCGUCCUGCUGAUUGCGGCGCUCUCUUGUGGAGGGCCCUUGGAGGAGAUCUUGGUGGGGGUUGGGGGUGUGUGUCUUCCAGCCAGGCCUGCCCUCCGCGGAGGUCUGAUGCCCGCGGGCUGGGCUGGGAGGACCCUGGGUGGGCACAUGGGAGCUGACCUCAGCCCUUUCACCCACCUGUCCCUGCCCCAGGGGCUGCAGCUCCUUCCUGCUGGGGCUUCAGGCUGA